CGCACGGGAUGUGGACAAGGCAGUUGGCAACUUCAGUUCGUAGUGGUCGUUAUUCUGUUUCGUCUUAUUCCAUCGGUUUUCCCCCAAUUACACUUCCCCCGUGAAAUCCACCCCAAAAAUAAUAUUCCUCCUCUAUUUCCAAUCAAUUCUAAUCAAUUUGUGGGGGCCUGAGUGUUGAAUACAAGCUCUCAUCGCCCCAUCACCCGGGGACAAGUCUAGCUGUCAGAUAAGCCGGUAUCUCAUCCCCAGAAGUUUCCAACAGCAUCAGAGAAAAAAAUACGACAAUUACCUCUCGCGAUUGUGGAGCACAUCAUCCGGAUGCGAAUGGAACACACCCCCAUUUCCAAGAAGACACCCUGAAGUCAUCGAGAGCAACAUAACCUCAAAUGGACUCGCCGUACCUCGAAGCGAUCCAGGGAAUUCCUGGAUCAACGCCAGGUGAGAAAUACAAAUCUCUGAAUGAAGCAGCAACGUCAGUUAAAAAUUUAAAAUUAAAAAAUCCGAAUAUCGAUGCAAUCGCUGCGAUCAAGUCCCUUGGAAUACCCGAUCCCCUGAUACCCCUGGUGCAUGUUGAAGUAUCGAAAAACCUCGGGGACCCGGUGGGAAUAAUCGAGGCACUGAAAUCAGAGGAUGAGAUUGUCUUUGAACGUGCACUCAAGGCUAAGUGGUUCUUUGAUGGCAGCAAACCUGAGAUAACUAAUGGAAAAUAUUUCGAUGAGCACCUUUUUCCUCAUGUGUCAUUGAACCAUCGUGGGAAAAUCGUGAAGAAAUUAUCCGUCCAUUUGGCAUUCCAGAGUGAUGAUAAAUCGGAAAUAGCAGAAGGUUUUUAUGAUGGAUUGAACGAAAAAUAUGGUAGAAAAUUGGUGGAGCCUCUGCUGAUCGCCUGCAGCGAGAAAUUUAUUAGAAAACUCAUCAUCGAAGAGCGGAAAUUCGGCCUCAGUAUGCGACUGAUGAAGAUUAUUUAUGGGAAGUAUCCCAAUGUCAUAAUCGAUUUUUUGAAAUUGAGUCAGUGUAAGAAGCUUCUCAAGCGCACUGCAUUCGUGGUAAAUCUUCUUGAUUACAGGGAUUUUUUGCCAAUUUUGUUGAAGCGAAAUUUCAACACUUUUAUUGAUAUAAUCGAGAAGCAUGAGUUCUCGUUGGGGAUUAGUUUGAGCCGAAAACGAGUUGAGUUGCUUAUGAAACAGGGACUCGAUGAAAUUAUUCGUAGUCCCCGUAAUUUUCUACCCAUGAUGCCGUUGAGGGUCAUGGAGAAAUUAACAAAAGCUCAGUUUACGUUGAUGUUCAGGAAUAUUUUUCAUGAGGACAGAUGGCACUUCAACUUCGAGUACAUUUUUGGACUUUUGGAGUACUAUCAGGAGGACAAGAUGGAGCUGUUACUGUCGACCUUUGAAGAGGUUUAUGGGGUGAAGCUGUUGGAUUGUGAGGAGCAAUUGAUCGUGGAGGUUCUGAGGGCACUUCCUCCCGAGGAGAGGGCGAGACAGGCAAGGAAGAAGCUGGAGAAGGAUGAGGACUGGCACCUUAACUGGGACUCCGAAAAAUCCUGGAGGUGCUAUCUCCCCGUGGAAGAGUCAAUUCCCAUGAUCAAAGCGCAGAUUAGCAAGAGCUCGGAUAUCGACGACAGGAAGAAUUUUCUCAAACUGAUGAUCUUCACUUGCGCUAUUAACAAGGAUGAGGGGGCCCUCCUGGAGAUGUUGAAGUAUAUGUAUGCGAGGCAUAAGAACGAACAGGGGUGGAUGCUGUUGGAGGUUUUGGGAAGAUUGAUGGAGAAUUUUCAGAUACAAAAUCUCAGUGAUGAGCAUUGGAGGGUUUUGGAUGACUUCAUACGUUUGUUGCACGUUAAGGAUGAGCUGAAUAGCAGAGUUACCGUACCGCUGGCUGUUAUCACGGCUGGUAUCCACUUCAAGCUCAUUCAUGAACUCCCAAUUGAUGAUAAAAUUGAUUUUCUCAUCCAAUUGUACCCCAAACAUUGGAGUCCUACCUGGAAUAUUUUGACUGAUUAUCCCGAUUAUGAGCGAAAAUGUCUGGAGACUUUCCUGAAUAUUAUUGAAACAAAAUAUCCCGAGAGUCGUAUAGAUAUAUGGAAAGAAGACGGAUGGCGGGGUAUGGUGGUAAGCCUGGUGCAGGCUAUCUACAAUUUCAACGAGAGAAACUCGAAGAAUCGAAAAUCAAAACUGGAGAAUUUUUCGUUGAAGAGCUACCCGUGGCUACUAGAAGCUGUUAAGAAACUUCUUAAUGACAUAAACCAAGAAAAAUGGGUGAUCUCAAGACUGCUGGACACUCUGGAGAAAGGGGAGAGAGAUGUGUGGGAGUCUCUAGUUCCGAAUAGACUAAAGGGACCUGUAAUCAACUUUCGGUCGGCUGAGGUUCUCCGUGUUCUCAGGAGAAAUCCAAAGGAGAUACUGGAAAAUUGGGAAAAAUAUCUCAAGGGACUCCAGGAGAACAUCUUCACUAAACUUUCUCAGAGAUUCUUCAAAGCGUGUCGUUGGCACCAGGAAUUGCCGAUUAAAUUUUCAAAUAAAUCUGUGAUUAAUAUUAAGACCAACAACGACUCCUCGAACUUCAUUGUUCUCGCUCUACUGUACGAUGGGAGCACGUUCGAGCGAGUGAUAACUCCGUUUAUACCCAAAUCUUCGAAAUUAAAUCCAGAAGACGCGAAUGCUCGAGACGAUUUUAUCCUGACCUAUGGAAUACCCCGGUCAUUGAACUUGGUGAUUCCACCGGUAUCACCUGACGUUGUUCUCAAACUUUGCGUCGGGGACUACAUUCAUACAGCUGUUAACUGCUUGACAAAUAUCGGCCGAAGGGUAUCAGCAGACAAAGUCAUUCCCUUCGCGAUGAAAUUAAUGGAGAGGGGUGUGUCCAUCAAGAAACACGGCAUCAGGUUGUUUGUGCGUGUCGGAACGAUCGAUGAAAUCAGAAUUUUGUUGACGAAUUUACUGAGGAAUGAGAAGCAUCGAUCCAUUCGGGCUAUUGUGCUUGAUAAAAUAAUGCAGAUGUUCAGGGAUGACCCGUGUCAGGAGAAUUGGGGACUCCUGCGCGAGGCUAUUGAGGAUCUUCGGGCUGAUGACGAUGCAAUCACCCCCAUGACCAACAUCAGCAAUGUUCCCGAUGAGUUUGUCACUGAUUAUACGAGAUUGAUGCUCGCUGUGAUAAGGAAACUUGAGGGAGCUGAGGGUGGACUCACCAGGAAGCAGGUUGUAAUCAGAUGCACCGAAAUAAUACAUUCAGCUGUUAAUGUUGAUUAUGCUGUCCCGGAGGAGCUGCAUGAAUUCAUACUGAAGAAUUACUACGCUGAUUUAUCGCAACUGGGUUUUGAUUCCUCUAUCGGACUGACUGAUUACAUCGUUCAGAGGUUUUUGGGGACCGCCGAGGAUAAGUUGGAGAGCCGUGUUCAGUAUCUUACCGGUCUGUUGAAGGAAAUUAUUGAGAAAUACUGGGACGUUCGGGAUGAGGAGAGGAGGGUAUUACUCGGUAAUCGGAUGAUUAAUCAAGUCACUCGUGAGUUCAUGUGCCUACAGUUCUCUCCAAUGACUGAGGUCAUUGAGCAGUCGCUGUUCAAAACUUUCUUUUCAAUUCUGAAACCCUCGCAAGAGCCAACUUCGUAUUUAUUUCUAACUUACGCGUCAGUGUUCGAGGUGACGUUAACUCCCAGUGAUUUUGCUGAGAAAAUUAUAGAACUCUUGCCGAUUAUUAUUGCGGUCCUUUCCAGGGAGUCACUAGCCCUCAUAGCUGAUGUUUUACUUUUGUUCGUGAAUGAGAGGUUUGGCGGCCGUGACUGGCGACACCAUGCGCUGAGUUUUGUGGAGAGUCUGAUCAAGUUUGAGAAUGAGGAUGCCAAGAUUCUGGCGUCGAUGAUGGUGGGGCACAUGUCGGCAAUGAUGGAUGAGCCCAGAUUCUGGAGAAUCGUGACGAAGUUGCAGAAAUAUCCGCAUCCGGGCGUCAUCGCGAAUGUUUAUAUGAGUGUCAACCGAUGGAUAGAUGUUUAAUGCGGGACGUGGGGAGUGUCAGUUUUUUUUGCAGUCAGAAAUGCUGGAGGAAACUAUUUUUUUUUGUUGAAAAAUUCGGAGAUUUAGUGGAGAAGAAUUUUGACAUGUAGAAGUAAAGUGUUUAUAUAUAUUUUUUUAUGAAGAAUAUUGUAUUUUGGAUAUUCAAUGGUAAAUACACAGUCGCAAUUUGCUAUUUUUGAAAGCAUGAAUUGUCUGGUGGUGAGUUAAUUAUGAGCGAUUUGCGAAGAGAUAUCUAGAUUUGUUGAAGUUGAUUACUCGUUUGAAGCAACAGAUAUUAAAUAUUCUAUUGGAAUAUUUGGGCGAUUUUUUACAGGAAUUUGCUAUUUUUGAGAGCCAGUCUCGUUCCAUAAAAUUAUGCACAAAGAUAAUGAUUAAUCUGUUACAAUGAAUGUUGAUUUUUUAUAAUAAAAAAUAUUGUAUUAUGAA